AUGGCGUCUUUACGCAAUAUGUUGGUUCUGACAUUUCUCGUGCUGUCCACUGAGGAAUCGUGGGCUGCUACAAACCACGUAUACAUGUACCCGACCUGGUGUGGUACUACACUGGAGGUCACGGCCGCCAAGGUCAUCUGGCCCGCCACAAACUACAGGGCCGAGGCGAACCUGUACGGCUCCAGUUACGACUGCACCGUGGUAGCGCGCGCCGAGUAUCUCAACCAAACCAUCAACCUGUACGCGAACCUGGCCCUGAGUCAACCCACUGGGGCUGCAGGAACGAUGUCACCGGUGUCCGUUGCCAUGACUACGAUGACGUCAGUGAACAUCACCGCCACGACCCAAGUCGCAAACUCGACCGCAAAUGUUACCAGUGGAAAUCUAGCGACAACUUUGCUACGGCAACUCACUCCUGGACACAGCCAAUCAGGACUCGUCUGGCCCUUACGUCACCUUCAGGUUCGUCAGGAGCGGAAAAUAUCUCUACAACUUCACCAUGUGGUACACGUCUUUCACACAGGUAGCUGUGAGGACGGGAGCACCUGGCUGGAGUGUGCGAGCGGCAGGUGUAUCAAGUUCCACCUGACCUGUGACUCGGCUAACAACUGUGGGCGUGGUGACGACACGGACCAGUCCAACAGCGCACCUGCCAGCUGCUCAGAGGAAGAGCCAGUAGCCAUUAGUCCGGACUACACGCCGAUAUGGGUGAGCCUCGGUCUGCUGGGCGGGCUGCUCGCCUCGUUUGCCGUCUACUGGUGCUGCUGGCGCCCGGGAUGGGGCCCGUGGCGCCUCGCUGUUCUCCGUCAGCUGGGCUGCUGCGGUAAGACCGCCGGGUCGGGAAGGAAGACAGGCGCAAUGUCGGAGAAGUCUGGCCGUGACGGCUCCUUGGAUGGGAAGAGUGACUAUGGAGAUGAGGAGGAGCGAGGAGGAGCGGGGUCUGGACCAGCGUCGGGAGGACUGUUCUCAUGCUUUCGAGGAGGCCAACCGGGAGGCCCGGGGAAUACCGGCAAAGUAGGGCACGCUGGGCACGCUGGAGGACGUGGGGAGGGUUCACCGAAGACGAGAUGGGGACAGCAGGGGGAGAGACCUUUCAGCGGAGACGGAGACGGGGACGUCGGGAACGACUACUACCGGAUGGAGGACGUGUUUUACGGUGACGUGUACGACAUAGACGACUAUGCCGGCGGGCACGCGAGAGAGGCAAGGUAGUCCUCUGUAAGAUUGGCUUAUUGAACUAUAAAGAUGUUAUUAUCGGAUAAAAGCACAAAAAAUUAAACGUUGAUGCUUUAAGAUUUACUAGUACUG